AUGUCCGAUUCACCACAUAAGUCCCAAGGAAAAGAUCAGCAAUGGGUGGUCAAGAAACUCGCGGAGCUGGUCGGGAAGAACGAGAAGAUGAUCCACGAAUCGGCCUCCAACCAAUACGAUUACCCGUGGUUGUACAUAGGAAGUGAUGGGCAUUCGGAGUUCCGCAAAAAGCUGGCCGACGAGCUGACAAAGCAAGAACCAAGGGCGCAAGGCCCGACGAGCCGGCUGUCCUUCUUGGCCAAUCACAACCACCGUCGCCUAGUGGAGCAGCACAACAUGGCCCUAACUCUGCAAUGCAAGGUCUUGGCUCAGAGUGAAGACAAAAAACGACAGUGGUGGCACGUAGAACUGGUGGACGCGACGGGAAAACCCUACAACGAGGCGUGCGACCAGUUGAAGAUGAAACUGCCUUGGAAAAAGUGUGGCUGCGAUUGGCAGCAGGACACAGAGCGCGUCGGAGGCCAGCAGUACCCGGUCCCCGGACCAAGUGCUACCAGUUGGACAGGCCCCGGUAUCCACCAAGUGCAAGCUACGCAGCAGUGGAAUCCCGACACCACUGGCUACGCGCCGUUCCAGCAAGCCGAUUGGGUGCCACACGACCACGAUGAAGAAUGGACCGGAAUGAUGCCCGGCCCAAGCCACCCGACCAGCAGUGCUCCCGGUGGCUCGAUGAAGCGCCAUCGCUUUGAA